AUGGAGCGAGCAUCAAGAUGCCUCCUGCUCCCUGCCGUCCGGGAUAUGCAUGCGGCAUUGGACCCACUCCCGAACGUGUUCAUUUCAUCAAACACCUGGAGGUGGCCAUGGCGGACUCCAAAGGGAGCGCGCCCCUGCUGCCGGACGAGCAAGAAGGGGCAGAGGGACGAGGGGGCAUGGAGGAGAAACGUUGGGACCCUGCGAGCAUGGAGGAGGAGGAGGCCACUUCCCGGCGAACCAGACGAGAUCGUGGACGGGUGGACGAUGCAGAGCUUCGUGGAGGACGAGCGCGCGUUCAACUCGUGCGUGGACGCGCGGUUUGCGUCACUGGACGCGGACCGCGACAGCCGCCUCUCGUACGCCGAGAUGGCCGGGGAGCUCAUGGUGCUGCGCGUGCGGGAGGCGCACUUCGGAUCCGACGCGCCGGCGUCGGACACCGAGCUCGCCGUCCUGUACAGGGCGCUCUUCGUGCGCUUCAACCGCGACGGGCACGGCGCCGUGGACAGGCACGAGUUCCACGCCGAGAUGAGGGAGGUCAUGCUCGCCGCCGCGCACGAGUUCUGUGGCAGUACCAUGCGGGAUCUGAGCGAGGAGGGCGUGAAUCUGGGCAGUGCGGUGGCAAUGGCGAGGAGAUCUUGGGAUGGAAGACAAUGACUGUCCAGACUCUGGAGCGAAGCAAGAUGGAAGAGGGUGCUGGGCGUUGAGGUACGGAACUCCACCAUCGGAAGGUGACACGAACUGGACGGACGGUUGGCCAGGGCCUGGCUCCAAAAAAACGAGUGCCUCCGGCGUUCUUUCAGGGCCAGGCUAAGCUGGUACGGUUGGCUCCCUCAAACCAGGCCAUAGGCCCUCCAUAGGCAAUCAAACAAGUCCACCAUAGCUCCCUAGAACCAGGCCAGGAUUUAGCCAGGGAACCAAACAGCCCCCUAUAUGGCUAAGCAAAGCAAACGCACGCAGGAGUCCACUUUUUUGAGGUCAUCACGU